CCUGACGUGCCCGGGAUCUGGCCCGUCCUCGUGGUCGCCUCCUCCAGGCGCCCGACCGCCCUCUGCCCCGGGAGCCGGGGUGGGGGGGCGACGGGGGUCCUAGCAGCGACGGGCUUAUCUUCACCUACGCGGGCACGACACGGGCACCCGAUCACACGUCCUGGAGCCACACGAGAGCGCGGGCUGGAAGUGCCACAGCGCGGGGCCCGGGGAAAGAGAGAAUUUCCCUGGAGACAAGCACGCUAGAGAACCCCCCGGCUCACGCGAGCGGCUUUCUCUCAAGCUUAGACCGAGGCCUGGACCGGUUCCGAAACUCCGGCCGUGACGCCGGGGCGCUCAGGGCUGACUGAGCCCUAAUGCGACGUCUGCGGAUGACCAUCCCCCACCGCCCCGGGAAAAACCCCAAGCGGGACCGUGCAGGCGCGGGGGAGCACGCGGCCCUCCCCGCCCCGCCGACCUCCGGGCCGGGCGGGGGCGCUGCGCGACGCGGGGGUGCGGCUGGGGCACAACCGCGGCCGGAAGUCCCGCCCCGCCCGACGGCGGAUGUCCGGAUUUCGCUCCGCGUCCCGCGUGCACCUCAGCCGGCAUGGCGCACUACAAUUUCAAGAAGAUCACGGUGGUGCCGUCCGCCAAGGACUUUAUUGAUCUAACAUUAUCGAAGACUCAACGAAAGACUCCAACAGUUAUUCAUAAACAUUACCAAAUUCAUCGAAUCAGACAUUUUUACAUGAGAAAAGUCAAAUUUACUCAGCAGAAUUACCAUGACAGACUUUCACAGAUUCUAACGGAUUUCCCCAAAUUGGAUGAUAUCCACCCAUUUUAUGCUGAUUUAAUGAAUAUUCUCUAUGACAAGGAUCAUUACAAGUUGGCUCUAGGACAAAUAAAUAUUGCCAAAAAUCUAGUAGACAAUGUUGCGAAAGACUACAUGCGGCUUAUGAAAUAUGGGGACUCUCUGUACCGCUGCAAGCAGCUGAAGCGGGCUGCCCUGGGGCGGAUGUGCACUGUCAUCAAGAGACAGAAGCAGAGUCUGGAAUAUUUGGAACAAGUGCGCCAGCAUUUAUCCCGUUUGCCAACAAUUGAUCCAAAUACGAGGACUCUGCUUCUGUGUGGGUAUCCAAAUGUCGGGAAGUCCAGCUUCAUCAAUAAGGUGACACGAGCAGAUGUGGACGUGCAGCCCUACGCCUUUACGACCAAGUCGCUGUUUGUCGGGCACAUGGACUAUAAGUAUCUCCGUUGGCAGGUUGUAGACACCCCAGGAAUUCUGGACCACCCGCUGGAGGAUCGCAACACCAUCGAGAUGCAGGCCAUCACGGCCCUGGCCCACCUGCGUGCUGCCGUCCUGUACGUGAUGGAUCUGUCUGAGCAGUGCGGGCACGGGCUGAAGGAGCAGCUGGAGCUCUUCCAGAACAUCAGGCCUCUCUUUACCAACAAGCCUCUUAUAGUUGUGGCUAACAAAUGUGAUGUCAGGAGGAUAGCUGAACUUUCUGAAGAUGAUCAGAAAGUGUUUAUAGAUCUGCAGGCUGAAGGACUCCCUGUAAUAGAGACCAGCACCCUGACUGAGGAAGGUGUUACUAAAGUUAAAGCAGAGGCCUGUGACAGGCUGUUGGCUUAUCGAGUGGAAACCAAGAUGAAGGGAAACAAAGUGAAUGAGGUGCUGAACCGCCUGCACCUUGCGGUGCCCAACAGGAGAGAUGACAAGGAGCGGCCCCCGUUCAUCCCAGAGGGAGUGGCAUCACGCAGGGAGAGGAUGGGGACUGAGGAGCCCAGGAGGAAGAGGGAACGAGAUCUUGAGCUGGAAAUGGGAGAUGAUUACAUUUUGGAUCUUCAAAAGUACUGGGAUUUAAUGAAUUCAUCUGAAAAAUAUGAUAAAAUACCAGAGAUCUGGGAAGGCCAUAAUAUAGCUGAUUAUAUUGAUCCAGCCAUCAUGAAGAAACUGGAAGAGUUAGAAAAAGAAGAAGAGCUGAGAACAGCUGCUGGAGAGUAUGACAGUGAGUCUGAAAGCGAGGACGAGGAGAUGGUGGAAAUUCGACAGCUGGCGAAACAAAUUAGAGAGAAAAGGAAGUUGAAGAUUCUGCAGUCCAAAGAAAAGGACACACAGGGACCCAGGAUGCCUCGAACUGCUAAGAAGGUUCAGCGGACAGUUUUGGAGAAUGAGAUGCGUAGUCUUGGUGUUGACAUGGAUAAUAAAGACAACGCCCACUAUGUCAUCCAGGCAAGAAGGUCUCGGAGUGUUACUAGGAAAAGAAAGCGUGAAGCAUCUGUUCCACCCGCUUCUGUAUCUCGUAGCCGGAGUUGCUCUCGAACUCCACGGGAUGCUUCUGGUCUUCGGGAUGUCAAGAUGGUGAAGAAGGCUAAGACCAUGAUGAAGAAUGCACAGAAGAAGAUGAAUCGCUUGGGGAGGAAAGGAGAGGCAGACAGACACGUGUUUGACAUGAAGCCUAAGCACCUACUCUCUGGGAAGAGGAAAGCUGGUAAAAAGGACAGGAGAUAGUGUCUCUUGCAGGUGACAUGGUUUGGCCUAUGUUGCUGUUUAUUUCUUGGUUUGGUAUGGUAUAAAAUAGGGGUCAUGAUCUGUAAACUGAAAAAAAAAAGCCAAUGAAAAUAACUAAGUGUUUGCUGCUUUGCUGAAAACUGGUGAACGCUGUGGGGAAUUUUGACACUGCAUAACGUCACAGAUACGAGGGUACUUCAAAAACUAUCGAAAAAUGGAAUUAAAAGAUAAUAUGAAUCUUUCCAUGAAUGUUUUGAAGACCCCUCAUAUUUGUAACAUGGAGUAUCAAUUACUCCAGAUUUGUAGGAUUGAAAGGGUUUAUUGGUAUGUCUGUGCUGUUUUUGAUGGAGAAAAAUCUUAUUUUCUUUAAGAGGAAACUUUGUUCCCUUUUUUGCAAGAGGGAACUUUGUUUCAUCGCACGUGAACAGUCCUUUUUUGCGAGGAAAGCAUCUCCAUUUGUGGGUGUGGGCAGAAGGCUGCCAGCCUUGCUCUGAAGGCCUGGGAGGGAAUAGGUUGUGAGUGUGUCAAAACUUAUACUAGAAUACUCUUAAAUUAUUUUCUAGUCUUUUGUACAAUGUGUCAUUGUAAUCUGUCUUCAACUGUUUUAUUCAAAAUAAACCUCCAGAAGAAA